CCUCGUUGCUUUCGGCCAUGGAUACAACAGCGGACCCUUGCACAAACUUUUUUCAGUUCGCCUGUGGCACAUGGAACAAGAUACAUAUCAUACCCGAAGAUCGCAGCUCCAUUAGUACAUUCGAGGUUCUCUCUGACGAGCAGCAGGUGGUGUUAAAAGGCGUGCUUGAGGAGCCCAUCAAUGACAAUGACAACAACGCCACAAUCAAGGCGAAACAGUUUUACAAAAGCUGCAUGGAUUUACCUCAAAUACGCAAAAUUGGAGAGGGUCGCCUGAAGGAGGUGCUCAAAUCGCUCGGCGGCUGGCCUGUGAUCACGCCCAAUUGGCAGCCACCGAACAUGACCAUCGAGCAGUUAAUGGGCCUCAUGCGUGGUAAUUAUAGUGAACCAGUACUUGUCGAACUCUAUGUGGGCGCCGAUGAUAAGAACUCUUCGAUUAACAUCUUGCAAAUCGAUCAGCUACAGCUGGCGCUCCCCUCACGCGAUUACUACCUGAAGCUGAGCAGUGAGAAUGAUUUGAAAGCCUACCAUAAGUACAUGACACAGACGGCAAUUCUAUUGGGUGCUGAUCCCGCGACUGCAGCGCUGGAGCUAGACGCAGUGGUGCAACUCGAGAUCAAAUUAGUGAAUGCUUCGCUGCCCGAAGCAGAUCGUCACGACACCAGCGCCAUCUAUAAGAAAAUCACUUUAACCGAAUUGCAGCGACAAGUGCCACAACUGAAUUGGACAAUAUUUUUACAAACAGUUUUGGGACCAGAUAUUCAAUUGUUGCCGGAUGAAGUGCUCGUUAGCUAUGCUAUGCCAUAUCUUGUGGAAAUGGGAAAAAUAGUAGAGACCGCCGAUCGGCGUGUGGUACACAAUUAUGUUAUCUGGCGUUUGGUGAUGUCCAUAAUGGCACACAUGAUCGACGAGUAUCAGCGAGAACGCAUCGAAUUCCGAAAGAUAUUGUUGGGCGUGCAGUCGGAGCGCAUGCGUUGGUCGCAGUGUGUAGAAUGGACGAAUAAAAAGCUGGGCUUGGCGGUGGGUGCUCUCUUCAUACGCGACAAUUUCAAUCAGGAGAGCAAGGAUACAGCACUGGAAAUGAUACAUACGCUGCGAGAGGCAUUCAAUGAGCUGCUGGCAGAAAAUCAUUGGAUGGAUGACGAGACGCGUGCGGUGGCUAGGGAGAAGGCGAACGCAAUGAAUGAACGGAUCGGUUAUCCGGAAAUACUCAACAACGCAACAGAGCUGGAGAAGGAAUACGAAAAUCUCACAAUAAUUCCCGAUAAUUUCAUGGAGAAUGUGCUUAAUAUACUGAAAUGGGACUCGGAUAAGAAUUUACAAUUGCUACAUCAGCCUGUUGACAAGGAGAAAUGGACGACGGAGCCGGCAGUGGUGAAUGCAUUCUACAAUCCAAACAAGAAUGAUAUAGUCUUUCCUGCGGGAAUAUUCCAGCCGUUAUUUUAUAGCAACAAUUAUCCGAAAUCUGUAAACUACGGAGGAAUCGGUGUCGUAAUUGGACAUGAAAUUACUCAUGGCUUCGAUGAUAAAGGACGCCAAUUUGACAAGGAUGGCAAUAUGAUGCAAUGGUGGAACAAUGCCACGAUCGAAGCUUUCCGUGAACGCACGCAAUGCAUAAUCGAUCAGUAUUCCAAAUAUAAGAUCGAAGAGGUGGAUAUGUAUGUGAAUGGGCGCAUGACGCAAGGCGAAAACAUAGCGGACAAUGGAGGACUGAAGCAGGCUUUCCGGGCCUACAAGAAAUGGGUAAAGCGGCAUGGACCUGAACCGGUUUUACCCGGUCUCAAUCUAACACACGAUCAACUAUUCUUCUUAAAUUACGCACAAAUUUGGUGCGGUUCAAUGCGGCCCGAGGAUGCGGUCACCAAAAUACGCUCUUCGGUGCACUCACCCGGUUUCAUACGUGUACUUGCGCCACUUUCCAACUCAAAAGACUUUGCCGAGGCAUACAAAUGCAAACUCGGCGCGCCGAUGAAUCCGGUGGAAAAGUGUAGUGUGUGGUAAAAACAAAAACAAAAACAAAAACAAAAAAACAAGUUCGCUAUAUACAUACACAUAAAUACAAUGUAUAUGUAUGCAUAUGUAUAGAAAAUUAACUAAAUAAAUACCUUUAUAAUUUAUAUAGUAGUACACAAAGAUUGUAUAAGAUUAAAAGAAAGGAUAUGACAAAAAAUGUAUUGGGUAGCACAGUGUAAUUUAGAGGCAUAAAUAAUGAAAGCGGUUUGCUUAAAAGAACAGAAUUAGUAUCUAAUGAUUUUAUUUUUUUAUAAAUGUUUCAAAACAUAAAUUAUGUAAAGUCGUACUUAUGUGAACUAGGAUGGUAUAUAUAGUACAUAUACAUAAAUAUAUCAUUUAAUAUAUAUGUAUACAUAUGUGCAUAAGCGCUCGUAUCUAUACUUAUGUUUGAUUUUAAUACUUUUAUUAGAUUCAAAAAAUGGAUACUGCGGUUAUUUCCCAAAAAUGCUAUAUUUAUAUGAAAAAAUACUUUCCUGCUACAUAAAUUUUUUA